GAAGUAGCCACUUGGGGGCUAAAGCUAACUGCGCGUCACAGCCCUCGGUGUAAAGAAAGUAAAGGAAUCAAGAAGCAUGCAACUCAAUUUGUGCCAAUGGCAUCACAAAGGGAAGGAUGGCUGCUUGGGUGAAGUGGAGACCUCUCCAAUGGUUCAAUCACAGCGAGAUAUGAAUCUCAAAUCAAGAAGCACCGAGCUUGCCAGCACUAAUUAAGCCAUUCUCCUGCUCUCCUCUCUGGAUAAGGCUGUGGUCAUCAUCUCAGCUGCUGAGCGCUCACACUCUGUUGCGAGGAUGUUUCUUGUGCACUGGAGCUGAGUACAAGCAAAGACAGAGAAGGCCCCGUUUGAAUGGCGCCUCUAAUCUCCUGAAUGGUCCCUCUAUGCUCCAAACUGCCCUCCUGAGACUUGUCUAUCAGAGUGGGAAGGGUCCGCUGGGAUUGUGUGGUUGCUGUGACCAGCAGUGAGACAGCAGGGAGACAACAUGGCUUCAGAGAACACACCGGGGGCAGCCAAGUCUGCGGUGGAGAAACUAUCAGAUGCCAUGGGGGAAAGAACUAAACAGAUUGGCUCAGCCAUGAAGGAAGCUCACCACCAGCGGAGACUCAUCCUGUUCAUUGUGUGUGUGGCCCUUUUUCUUGAUAAUAUGCUUUACAUGGUGAUAGUACCCAUAAUCCCAGACUACAUUGAAAGUAUGAGACUGGAUAGCGAAAAACAUUUCAGAGAUCUAAAUUUAAGUGCAUCUCAUUCCAAUAAAUCGAUCAUCAGACCCCCGUAUCCCACAGAGAAUGAAGACAUCAAAAUAGGAGUCCUGUUUGCCUCUAAAGCCAUCCUACAGCUGCUUGUCAAUCCACUGAGUGGCACCUUCAUAGACAGGGUUGGCUAUGACAUCCCUCUUUUCAUUGGACUCAUUGUCAUGUUCUUUUCUACUGUUAUUUUUGCAUUUGCAGAAAAUUAUGCCACCCUGUUUGUAGCGAGGAGCUUACAAGGUUUGGGCUCUGCCUUUGCAGACACGUCUGGGAUCGCUAUGAUUGCAGACAAGUACACUGAGGAGGCAGAGAGGAGCAAAGCCCUGGGCAUAGCCUUAGCGUUUAUCUCCUUCGGGAGUUUGGUGGCGCCCCCGUUUGGAGGCAUAUUCUACCAGUUCGUGGGUAAGAGAGUCCCCUUCUUAGUUCUAGCUUGCAUCUCCCUCAUUGAUGGUAUUCUCUUGUUAGUAGUCAUCAAACCCUUUGCCAAUAGGACUAGAGAGAACAUGCCUGUGGGCACACCCAUUCACAGACUCAUGAUUGAUCCUUAUAUUGCAGUGGUGGCAGGGGCACUGACCACCUGUAACAUCCCUCUGGCGUUUUUGGAACCCACUAUAGCAAACUGGAUGAAGACAACUAUGGGUGCCUCUGAAUGGCAAAUGGGUCUCACUUGGUUGCCAGCCUUUUUCCCACAUAUAUUAGGUGUUUAUAUCACUGUAAAGCUUGCUGCUAAUUACCCUCAAUACCAAUGGUUCUAUGGUGCCAUAGGAAUGGUUAUAAUAGGUGCCAGCUCAUGCACAGUGCCAGCCUGUAAAAGUUUCGAGCAGCUUAUUGUCCCAUUGUGUGGUUUAUGCUUUGGCAUUGCCUUAGUAGAUACUGCUCUCUUGCCCACUCUAGCCUUACUCGUAGAUCUGCGCCACGUCUCCGUGUAUGGAAGUGUCUAUGCCAUCGCAGACAUAUCCUAUUCAGUGGCUUAUGCCAUGGGGCCUAUAGUGGCGAGUCAAAUUGUACAUACUACGGGGUUCACCCAAUUAAAUCUUGGCAUGGGACUUGCCAAUGUACUGUAUGCUCCUGCUCUUCUGCUCCUCAGAAACGUGUGCCAGAUGAAACCCUCUCAUUCAGAGAGGAACAUACUACUCGAUGAGGAACCUAAGGGUUUGUAUGAUACCAUUAAAAUGGAGGAGCGCAGGGCUAAGUCUCGCAAGGGCAUAAUUAAAGAUGGAGACGUUCAAGAGAAUAGUAUGGACAAUUACCAUGGAGCCCAGGCAGGUAAAUACAUGUCUGAUGAAGACUCAUCUGAAUAUGAGUAUAGCUAGACUAUAUGAAGUUCAGGUAUUGCCUAAAGUGGUGGAAAGUAAAGAAUCAGCCAUGUGUUUAUGCACCAACCUGCAAUCCAUAAUUGUACCUUUCACAACCAUAUGAUGUCACAAUGCUUUCUGUUAAACCUAUUUUUAUGAUAUUCGUUUCUUGACAACAAUAAAAAAAAUGGUUUGAAAUAAUCAGUCCAUAAAGGUCAUGCUAGGUAAUAACCCACAGCUCUUCAAAAGAAAAACUAGGUGCAGUAUUGUGAAACUGUUUCUUAUUUUUAAAGCCCAUACUGUGUGAUAUACUGUAUAUCUGUAUAAAAGACAAACUAUAUCAAAUGACUUAUGUUGCAUAUUCAGGGAAAUAAAAUUGAUAAAUAUUGUAAA